GGGGGAUAUGUAGGCUUGAUUAAUUGUCCUAUUAGUGAAUAACUGGGACUUGGGUGAGUAAUCUUAAAAGAAUAUAUAUCUAUAUAUACACAAUAUUUAUAGAAUACAAUAAAAGAACACUAUAAAAAAUUAAUGAUAUUAAUAAUAUGUUUUAAUUGUAGUGUUUUAAUAUAGGAUUAAAUUUUCAUAGUAUGUUUUGGAAUUUAAAUUUGGUCUAAUGUAUUUUUUGUUAUUUUGUUUAGCUAACCAUGACAACUCGGACAGCAUUGAACUCAGUUUAUGAGUUAAUACAAUUGCUUCAACCAUUACAAAAAGAAGCUAUCAAAUCAAUUGGCUUUGGAGGUUUAUUAGAGCUUAAAUGCACGAGGUUGCCACGACAACUGUGUGAAUGGUUGGUUGGUUGUUUUGAUCAUACAUCUCAGUGUUUAUUCGUUCAUGGUAAAAGAAUAAUUAUAACACCAUUUGAUGUAAGCCACAUAUUAGGACUUCCUUGUGAGGGAUCAAUUAUAAACGUAAAUGGGGACCACACUGAUAUUGAAGAGUUGUCGAACAAGUAUGGUGUUAAGAAGUGUGGUUAUAUUUCAUUGAGUUCUUUAAGGAAUGAGUUGUCUAAUAUGAAAGUAGACGGGGAUGAUUUUAAGAGAAGAUUUGUAUUGUACAUUCUAGGUUCUCUUUUGUGCCCUACAUCGGAGUUGUCAAUAAAUCGUUGUUUUCUUCAUUCCUUGAAAGAUAUGUCUGCUUUACAUAAGUUAAAUUGGUCAAAACUCGUCUUAGACUUUUUAGUCGAUGGUGUGCGAAAGUACAAGGACAAAGGAGAAGGAAAGGGACAACGAGGAAUUCGAGGUUGCUUGUUUUUUCUCAUGUUAUUCUACGUUGAGCAUGUGACACCUGCUGUGGAUUUUGUUAGUCCAUGUGCAAGCAGACAAGCACCUCGUUUAGUAUAUUGGAUAGAUGAGGUGAUUAAAAAGAGAAUCUCCAUGUUGGAAAAACUUCAAUACCAAAACAACAAGAAGGUUGGUUUUAUUGUUGAAGAUAAUGAUGUGAGUGUAGAGCCAAACAUGAAUGCACGGUUAAGUAAUGUUGAAAAAGAAGUGAAAGAUUUGAGAGGAGACUUGAAUAACUUAGUCGUUGGUGUUAGUCAAUCAAUAGAAUCUGCCAAAGAAGAGAUUUUGAUAGCAAUUGCAAAGGUAGCUAAUGGGUUAUGGGCUAUUGAGAAGGAGAAACACUAUCAUGAUAUCGAUUGUCAAUUGAAAAAUGAAGAUAUCUUGGAUGACAAAUGGAGUCCCCCACCUUAUGCUUUCCAAGAUCGUAACUUUCCUAUGGAUAAACAACUCAAACAACAAAACGAGGGAUUGCCUAAGACUCCAUUAUGUGAUCAAUUCACAUCGUCCGUAUCUCCAUUUGCCCCCUUUUUUAGUGAACAUGAGCUACUACCACCAAAGUUACCAAAAGUGAUUUUAAAGAGGUCAAUUCCGGUAGAUGAUGAUGCCGAGUCUUCAACAGUUUUGCCUUAUCAUAUGAAGCUUAGGAGGGAAAGCAAACGAAAAAAAAGCAAACAUAUACUUUCACCCUAUGAUGUUGAACUUGGCAAGGAUUUGAAUUAG